CCAAACGCUGGUGUGUAGGUGGCAGAGAACAACAGGCAUUUUCUUAAAGCGGAGUCGGGGAGAAUAGCCUAGCAAAAACAAAACCACAUUGUACGAUCUGUGCUUGUGAAGUCAUACACCAGAAGCUUUUCAGAUGGGAUCCUCUCCUAGCCGCCCUGGGAAGCAGCCAGGGUAGUGACUUGAAGGCUGAGGAAAAACCUGCUCACAGAAUGCCCUGCCUGUGUCCCAGGACACAAAGUCAGUGGCUAGGUUAGGAUUCAUUUCUUCCUUUGAUUUUGAGUCUCUCCCACUGUCAGUAUUCCCCUCAUUCAUAUUUUAUCAGCUUGAUUUGCAGAGAAGAGCAUUGUCAGUCAGGCUUUCUACAGAAAGUUCGUUUAAUUGCCAUCCCAUCCGAUCAUUAGGUUCAGAGCCUCAAAUGGAGAACGGCAGAGAGAAAUGGAUUGUGAUGUAAAUCUCUAUUAUCAGGAUCCUUCCGUAACUGCUCCGCUACAGCUCUGCAAGCGCCCUGUUGGGAUUCCACAUUGUCACUUACACAUUUUGUUCAUUUGAAACGUGUGAGGUUCUGAGUCUGCCUUCUGGGCACCUUUGAGGAGAAAGGCUUGCCUCACAGGGUGUAGGCGCGAGUGGGAUGCUAAACCCGCCACCUGAUCACUGCAGCUGUACGAGGACCUGAAGUGGGCACCAGGAGUUCUAUGAGAACAGGAGGAGCUCUGUCGUGUAGCCCACUGGGCCCCUGUGGUCCAAUCUCCUGCCUGGUACUGCAGGGCUAGCCAUCUUCCGGCCCUCCCUCCGCUGUCUCCCACUCCCGCCCCCAACCCACUUUCCCACAGGACUGCAGACUUAUUUUUCUUAGCCAUGUCUUUCCUGGACUUCCCAGCUUGGACUUCCUUUCUCUAUUAGGAUUUUCUUCUGUGGUCUCUCCCAAACUAUUUGCUGACUUUUCCCUUCUGUUUCCCACUAGCAACCUUCCCAUCCCAUCACAUUAAAUUCCCUUUUCUCUUUCAUACCCCUUCCUUUCUGCCUUCUCCUCCAGUACACAUCUGUGCACAAACUUGCACACUUAUGCCUUUGAUAAUUCCCCUUCAGGUGUACCCCAUUUCCCUCUUCUCAGGCUUUUCCAGAACUGAUUAUCCUCUGUGUAAACAAGAAAGAAUUUCAAGGCCAGCCACUUAACCUCUUAGAGCCUGUUUUCUCAUCUAUAAAAUGGAGCUAUGAAUCCCUCAGGAUAGAAAGGGGGUACAGUUUUUAAAAUGAAGCUGGCUAGUCUAAGAGUGUGUGUACACUUUAACAUAAGCAUUUCUCCCAGCUACCUCCCCCUUCACAUACACACAUCCUAUUUACAGAGUGCUGGGGGAGGCGGAAGUGUAGCGUGGGCCCUGCUGUCUAGCGAUCUGCAGUCACACACGGCAGCCCAAACUACGAGACUGUAUGAUGAAGUGCCAAACUGAGCUGUGGGGAAUUCAGGAAAGAGCGAUGGCAUGUCUUUCCCAGAGUCCUUUCCCAGAGUCCUUUUAGUUCAAUAAUGACAGAGCCAUUUGAAUCUUGUUCACCCUCCUUCAGGCCAGUGUGUAUCUGCCUGUUCUCCUAAGCCCUGCCUCGCCAGAGCUCUGACUCCCAGGCACAUGCAAGAGUCAGUUAUCUGUGUCCCUGUCGCCUUCCUCAUUUUAGUCCUGGUCUUGGGCCUAUUACAAUACUGGCACGGAUGAGGGAAGGGGGAGGAUCAGGCCAGGUCAUGGCUACAGCCCUGGUUUGAUUCAAACCCUAGAGGGUUUGACAGCCCAUGAGGCAAAGGUAUAGUCUGAGUUGCUGGGAACCUGCAGCACAAAGUUUGCAUGGGAGGACCAGCCCGGAUCUCCCCUGGUUGGGGAGUAGAUUCUGAGGGGGGCUUCCUAGUUUUCUUAUAGGUGAGGUGAUUGAGCCACAGAGGGACAGGAUAUCUGAUUGCCUAUGAGGAGAGUUCACUGGAAGACCUGGAGUAAGAAUGAUGUUGAACAUGAGCUGGAAGGAAAGGCGGUUAUCUGAGUGACCCAGUCCCUGAGGAGGUAAACCCCAGUUAUUGUAAGGUUUGGUUGAGUGGACAAGCGCAAACCACUGUGGCUUACUUAUCGGGAAAAACAGCAUUGUCUCUGUGAACUUCUGGCCAGGCUGUUACUUCAUCCCUCCAAGCCCGACUUACUCAGACUUAAAGCUGAAGGACCAAGCAGCUGGAGGCUCUUGAGCUGGGAAUCCAGACCCCGUUCUGUGUUCAGAGUUGCCCCAAUGCUUGGCCGCACGUACUGUGGCCCACUGCACCCUAGGCAGAGAGCAGAAGAGGGUGGCAGGAGCGCAAGAAGUGAGGUCCAGAUUAGAGGACAGGUCAGAGGGCCUUCGGAAAGUUAAGCCCCCAGAGGAGAGGUUUGUAAGUCCCCAGCACUAGGUAUGUCAGAGGGGUCCUAGGGAGAGAGGAGAGGGAAGGUGGGCUUUAAGCCCAUCGAGAGCGCAUGGGAUGAUAAAGCCACCACUAGGGGGCAAUACGGGGGCCACGGCCCUAGGGGGCGGAGGACGCCAGAUGCCCGGAGGCCGUGGGAGUCUCGGCCUCAAACCUUCUCUAUUGUGUAAGGUGGGGGGCGCUAAAGAAGAGAGCGGCGCCCUUCCCUGCACCCCACCCAGUCGGCCCCGCCUCCCUGACCCCGCCUUCUAGCCCCCGCCCCACCCCCGGCUCCGCCUCCACCACCCCCCCGCCCCGCCUCCGGCCGCGGCCCCUUCCUCCCGCAGCUGGUGCUGUGGGGCCGCGGAGCAGCGCAUCGCAGUCUCUAUGGCCCGGGAUCCGAGCGCAAAGAAAACGGACCUCAGAGAACCAGGACUAGUCCUUCUGUCGGGGCAGAGUGAUCCCAUCAGUGACCUACAACCUCUCUAUGACCCUACAACAACUCCCUCCCACCAUGGAGUUUGUAUUUGAUACAGAAAGGCAGUGUGUGAUCCAUCCCUCCCUCUGACCUCUAACCUGGGAUUCCAUGGCCACACAACCCUGUGAUUCCAUGUCCCCUCGAUUCCAGGACCCUCCCUGGCCCCAUGACCCCUGACCUUCCAAGUGACCUCUCUGGACCUUGACCCCUGUGACUGACCCCUGUGGCUCUGACCCUGGCUCGCCUUGGGGUUCUUACCAGUGUGGGCCUCCCCAGGAAAAUGUGGGGGAGGCUCUGGCCCCUCUUCCUGAGCUUCCUCACAGCAACAGCUGUCCCUGGACCCUCAUUGCGGAGACCAUCCAGAGAACUAGAUGCCACCCCGCGGAUGACCAUCCCCUAUGAAGAGCUCUCUAGGACCCGGCACUUCAAGGGUCAAGCCCAGAACUACUCAACACUGCUGCUGGAGGAGUCCUCCGCAAGACUGCUGGUUGGAGCCCGAGGUGCCCUGUUCUCUCUCAAUGCCCGUGACAUAGGAGAUGGGGCGCACAAAGAGAUCCGCUGGGAGGCCUCCCCAGAGAUGCAAAGCAAAUGCCAUCAGAAAGGGAAAAACAACCAGACGGAGUGCUUCAACCACGUGCGAUUCCUUCAGCGGCUCAACGCCACCCACUUCUACGCGUGCGGGACUCAUGCCUUCCAGCCCCUCUGCGCGGCCAUUGAUGCUGAAGCCUUCACCUUGCCAGCAAGCUUCGAAGAGGGGAAGGAGAAGUGUCCUUAUGACCCAGCCCGUGGCUUCACAGGCCUCGUCAUUGAUGGAGGCCUCUACACAGCCACGCGGUAUGAAUUCCGGAGCAUCCCUGACAUCCGCCGGAGCCGUCACCCGCACGCCCUGAGGACGGAGGAGGCACCCAUGCAGUGGCUCAAUGAUGCUGAGUUUGUGUUCUCUGUCCUGGUGCGGGAGAGCAAGGCCAGCGCCGUGGGGGACGAUGACAAGGUUUACUACUUCUUCACGGAGCGUGCCACUGACGAGGGCCCCAGCAGCUUUGCUCAGAGCCGCAACAGCCACCGUGUGGCCCGCGUGGCCCGUGUGUGCAAGGGAGACCUGGGAGGAAAGAAGAUCUUGCAGAAGAAGUGGACCUCCUUCCUUAAGGCGCGUCUUGUCUGCCACAUUCCACAGUAUGAGCUGCUCCGUGCUGUCUGCAGCCUAGAUGCCGACACCUCAGCCCGCACACACUUCUACGCGGCCUUCACGCUGACCACCCAGUGGAAGACUCUAGAGGCCUCAGCCAUCUGCCGCUACGACCUGGCCGAGGUGCAGGCUGUCUUCGCAGGUCCCUACAUGGAGUACCAGGAUGGUGCCCGGCGCUGGGGCCGCUAUGAGGGUGGGGUGCCAGAGCCUCGGCCUGGCUCAUGCAUCACAGAUUCACUGCGCACGCGUGGCUACAACUCAUCCCAGGAUUUGCCGUCCCUGGUCCUGGACUUUGUGAAGUUGCACCCGCUGAUGGCCCGGCCCGUGGUGCCCACACGUGGAAGGCCCCUGCUGCUCAAGCGAAACGUGCGCUACACGCACCUCACAGGGACUCCUGUCUCCACACCCGCUGGGCCCACCUACGACCUGCUCUUUCUGGGCACAGCUGAUGGCUGGAUCCACAAGGCCGUGGUGCUGGGCUCUGGGAUGCACAUUAUCGAAGAGACGCAAGUGUUCAAGGAGCCCCAGUCCGUGGAAAAUCUGGUCAUCUCUCCAGUGCAGCAUAGCCUCUACGUGGGGGCCCCUAGUGGAGUCAUCCAGCUACCACUGUCUAGCUGUUCCCGCUACCGCUCCUGCUACGACUGCAUCCUGGCCCGGGACCCCUACUGUGGCUGGGACCCCAGCACCCGUGCCUGCAUUGAAUUCAGCAGGUCCCAGGGUAGCAGGACAGCACUGAUACAGGACAUGGAGAGAGGCAACCGAGGCUGCGAAGGCCACGGGGACUCAGGGCCACCACCACCCCUGAAAACUCGCUCUGUACUCCGAGGGGAUGAUGUCCUCCUGCCCUGUGACCAGCCAUCCAACCUGGCCCGGGCUUUGUGGCUGCUUAAUGGGAGCACGGGCCUGAGUGACGGGCAGCAUGGCUACCGUGUGGGUGUGGAUGGGCUGCUGGUGACAGACAUACAGCCUGAGCACAGUGGCAACUAUGGCUGCUAUGCCGAGGAGAACGGCCUCCGCACCCUGCUGGCCUCCUACAGCCUCACCGUCCGUCCAGCCACGCCUGCCCCAGCUCCGCAAGCCCCUGCCAUACCCGGGGCGCAGCUGGCGCCUGACGUGAGGCUGCUCUACGUGCUGGCCAUCGCUGCACUUGGCGGCCUCUGCCUCCUUCUAGCUUCCUCCCUCCUGUACGUGGCCUGUCUUCAGGGAGGCAGACGAGGGCGGCGAAGGAAAUACUCUCUAGGUCGGGCAGGCCGGGCAGGGGGCUCGGCCGUGCAGCUGCAGACCGUUUCAGGCCAGUGUCCUGGAGAGGAAGAGGAGGGCGACGACGGGGAGGGGCCUGGGGGACUGGAAGGUGGCUGCCUCCAGAUCAUCCCUGGGGAGGGAGCCCCAGCCCCACCACCCCCACCGCCCCCACCCCCGCCAGCCGAGCUGACCAACGGGCUGGUGGCUCUGCCCAGCCGGCUGCGCAGGAUGAACGGCAACAGCUACGUGCUCCUGAGGCAGAGCAACAACGGAGUGCCAGCCGGGCCCUGCUCAUUCGCGGAGGAGCUCAGCCGCAUCCUGGAGAAGAGGAAGCACACGCAGCUCGUGGAGCACCUGGACGAGAGCUCUGUCUGAGCCCGGCCUCUUAGGACAAAUGCUCUUCCAAGCCAGCCUGUCUGCCCCAGGCCGGGCUGCUGUUUCCCCCACACAGCCACUCUGUCGUCACCCCCCCCAACUCCAGGCCCUUCUCCCAACUUUUUGAUGUCCCUGUAGGGCUAGCAGAGUCAGGCCCAGCCAAAGCCCCCUCCUCAGUCUCCACAGACCCAUCUGUGAGCAGCCCAGGCCAACCGGUGCUCCUCAGAGGCAGGGCUCUGCAGGUCCAGAUGACCUCAAUGUCACCACCCUCUGCAUGGCUCUAUGUGCUGGAUGGUCCCGAAACCAGACAAGACCUCUGCCAGCCGCCAGAGCCACCUGAGCCCUGCGUACAUUCACAUGUGCACAUGGAUGAAUGUCCAUCAGCUGGGCUGCAGGGCUCCCGCCCCCACCUCCUGGUGCAUUCUUGUAUUUCACCUCUCCUGGACUUUGGGUACCCUUCCAAUUGCCACAUCCCAUACUAUCUAGUCCUCUCCCCUAGUUCCAGACCCAUGUAGUGACCUCUUUGGCAAGAGCUUGGGAACAGGCCAGCCUGGGGAGGUAAGACUGUGUCAUUCCCCUCUUCAUCCUUAAUGCGUAGCCCUUGUGAGCCAGCACCCCCAUCCCCUUGGUCACUCUCAGGAGUGACAGACAGAGCCCCAGGCAUGUCCCUUCACACACAUGUGCUUACAUUUCCACAUACAUUUCUGAGCCUCCCUUUGCUGCCUCGGACCUGUCUGUUGGGUUUGGUCCGUGGACAUUUCAGAGGGAUAGCCGUCUCCCUUUCAGCUGUCCUCUCAGACAUUUCCCUAGGAUGGGUGACCAACACUGCAAUGAGCCAGCCUCCCUUUGGGGGACCAAGCAUUUGCUACCCCUAGACCAGAGCAGGGGGAGGAGAUCUGCUGUCUCACCUGGCACAUGAAGCCCGUUCUUGGAACUAUGCAAAGGGCAGAGGCUGGGAGUUUGAAUGCUUGGCUCCCACCCCUGUCCUACCUCACCGGGGCACUUUCAGGGUCCAGGGGCCUCUGAAGUCUCCAGGCCCAUAUGGGACAAUCAAAUCCUGACUGAGCUCCCCCAUUCCCCUUGGGUGAGGAUGACUGUUAUUUUUGUAGCUGAGAACGUGGAAUCCCCACGGAUUUUUACUGCCCUUCACCCAACCUCUUCCCCCUCCACCCCACAAUGAAUGUAUUUAUUGUAAGAAUGGCUAUACUUCUUUAGGAAUGCCCCCACUCACCACCCAGGUGGGCAGAACAGGCAUGUGACAGAGUGGGGAGCCUGGGUUCAGCUCCUCCCCCUCUUGUUGGUCAAUAAAUGCCCUCUCUCCCCACA